CGGAAAACAAAGCAAAAGCCGCCUGAAUAAGCAAUAAAGGGGAGGCUGAGCUUUCCCCAAUGCAGUUUUCCCCGACAGCUUAAUCCGGAUCUUUAAAUUAACCAGGAGUUUGCUUCCCACCCGCCCCCCACCCUUUUUUGGGGGGUGCAGGAGGUGCCUGCAUGUUGGGCAUCACCUAAUGCGGAUUAACCAUUCUGGUGCAUUUCCGUGAUCGGAAUGAGGAGUAAAAAGAUGGGACUUUCUUCUCCCCCCCUCCCUUAAAAAAAAUUAAUGCAUGUUCCCGGACGGAUCCGGUUUAGAGACCCGGACUAACCGGGGUGGGGUGUGUGUUCUGUGUUGGAUUUAAUCCACGCGAAGUGCAAAGCCUGUCUGGUGUUUUUGACAUUGAAAGUGAAGAAGGUGGACGGGGGAGGUCUUUGGCAGCUGCAGGGACGACAACGCGGAGGAGGAGGAGGAGGAGGAAGAGGAGCGACCCCCGAGGAGACGCCUCGGCAGGGGGACGAACUGCCGAAGUGGCCUGCCUGGUCAGAUUUGGAGGACGUGGCGGGGGCUUUCCACAAAGAAAGGAGUGAGAGGUGCCGAACCCCGAUCCAUGCAUUUUCGAGUGGGUUUUACACUAGCGGGAUUAUCACAGCAACAUGGCUUCGUUGGACGUUCCUCAUGUGGUGAUAAAGCUAGAAGAAGAAGAGGUACCCUGGCUGCAAAAUAAUCAGGGAUCGAAGGAGAGUGAGACCUUCACAGGUACCUGCUCAGCAGGAUUUGCUGUUCCCAAAUCUGAGAUGGUCCGUGGGGGAGAUCCGUGGAUUCCGGAGCCUGUUUCAGAGGAAAGGGAGAUCCCAACAGAGUACGGCUCAGAGCUUCCUGAUGUGAUUGUCAAGCUGGAGGAGGAAGAGGAGCCGUGUGUUCCAUAUUGCCCAGGAUCAGAGGGAGACAAAAUAUUCCACGGAGCCCAAUCAGGUGGUGGCUGUGAAAGAAUCCACGUGGGAGAAACUCCAUAUUACUCAAGGUUUGGGAAAAGCUUCAGUGUUAACCCAAAUCUGAUCAAACAAGAAGCACAGAAUGCGGCAGAGAAGCCGCACAAAUGUUCCCGCUGUGCGAAAAGCUUCAUGAAAAGAUCCAACCUUCGAACCCACGAGCGGAUCCACACAGGAGAAAAGCCAUUCAGGUGCUCCGAGUGUGGGAACAGCUUUAGCGAUGGGUCCAGCUUGAUCAGGCAUAAGAGGAAACACACUGGGGAGAAACCCUACAGUUGCUCGCAGUGCGGUAAGAGGUUCAACCAGAGUUCCAGCCUCAUCAGACAUGAGAGAAGCCACACAGAACAGCGGCCUUACAAAUGCUUGGAAUGUGGCAAAAGGUUCAACCAGAGUUCAACCCUGGUUCGGCACCAGAGAAUUCACCGAGAACAGAGACCUUAUAAAUGCUCUGAGUGUGGCAAAAGAUUCAUUCAGAGCUCCAGUCUCCUUGCACAUGAGAGAAUCCACUUGGGGCAGAAACCUUAUGGUUGUGCUGUCUGUGGGAAGGGCUUUGUUCAAAGAUCCAACCUUCUUAUCCAUGAGAUGAAACACACGGGUCUGAAACCGUUCAAGUGCCCUGAUUGUGGGAAAGGGUUCAAUCAGAAUUCCAGCCUUGUAAUACACAGGAGAAUCCACACAGGAGAAAAACCAUACAACUGUUCCCAUUGCGGAAGACGGUUCAGCGACAAAUCAAGUCUCAACAAACAUGAGAGGGCUCACAGAGGAGAUAAACCAUACAAGUGCUCAACCUGUGGGAAAAGCUUCGUGCGGAGGUCUCAUCUUCUCACCCACGAAAGGAUUCACACGGGAGUGAAACCAUUUAAGUGUUCGGACUGCGGGAAAAGCUUCAGUAGCCGAUCGCACCUCAUAAGGCACGAGGGGACUCACACGGGAGAAAAACCUUAUGACUGCUCGUUUUGUGGGAAGAGUUUCAAUAGGAAAUCAAACCUGACGAAUCAUGAGAGGACCCACACGGGAGAGAAGCCCUUCAAAUGCUCCGACUGUGGGAAGAGUUUUAGUGAUAGGUCUAGUCUGAUCAAGCAUGAGAGGAUCCACACGGGUGAGAAGCCAUACAGUUGCUCAGCUUGCGAGAAAAGUUUCAGUGAUAAAUCAAGCCUCAUCCGCCAUGAAAGGAUCCAUACAGAAGAGAAACCAUAUAAAUGCUCAGACUGCGGAAAGGGUUUCAAUCAGAGCUCCAGCCUCAUUGUGCACGAGAGAACCCACACUGGGGAAAAGCCAUUUAAAUGCGCGGAUUGCGGGAAAGGGUUCAUUAGGAGGACGAUCCUUAACAAGCACGAGAGAACUCAUAUGGGAGAGAAACAGGUCAGUGAUUCUCAGGACUACCCACUUUCUUUACACUGCAUGUCUGUGUUUCCCCCUUCUGCUUCCUGUUCUACAGUACUUUUGGAUUCUGCAUUUUCUCGGGCGUUGCCAGCACAGGACGCUCCCAGUGGCUGGUUUGAAAACAGAGGAGAGCAAAGUAACGCUCUGACUUUCACUUUCGUCGAGGAAGCCAUGGCUGCAGGGAGCGCAGUCAAAGACCUGUGCGAAGAAGCCACCUGCUCCAUCUGCCUGGACUUCUUCAGGGACCCGGUGAUCCUCACAGAGUGCGGCCACAAUUUCUGCCGAGCCUGCCUGACCCACAGCUGGGGGGACUUGCAGGGGGCGGCAGAGGCUUCCUGCCCACAAUGCAGAGGAAGAGCACAAGGAGGGACCCUCCGGCCGAACCUGCAGCUGGCCAACUUUGUGGAAAUUGCCAAAAGAUUGUCGCUUCAGGAGGGAAAAGAGGCAGGUGUGAAGGGGGGAGAAGAAAAGGGGGGGAUCUGCGAGAAGCACCGGGAGCCCCUGAGGUUUUUCUGCCAGGAGGACGAAGCCCCCGUUUGCCUGGUCUGCGGGAUAUCCAAGGAGCACAGAGAUCAGGAAGCAGUCGUGGCCGAUAGAAAAGGGAGAGUUUGCCAAAAGCACCAAGAACCUCUAAAGCUCUUUUGCAAGGAUGACGAAGCCCUCAUCUGUGUGGUCUGUGACCGAUCCAAGGAGCACAGAGAUCACGAGACCCUUCCUCUUGACGAGGCCUCCCAAGAGUACAAGGAUCGAUUCCGUGCUUGUCUGGAGAAGCUGAAGGAGGAGAGAAAAAGAGUUGUAGUGUGUAAAGCUGGUGUAGUGAGGAAAAGCCAGAACCUACUAAAGCAAACCACAGAACAGAAACAAGAGAUGGUAGCCAAAUUCAGGGAACUGCACACUUUUCUGGAGGAACAAGAGAAACGUCUGCUGGCCCAGAUGGAAGAGGUGGAGAAGGAGGUGGCAAAAAACCGGGAUCAGCACCUGGUUGAGUUGUCUGAGGCCCUCUCCUCUCUGGACAGCCUCAUGCAGGAGAUGGAGGAGAAGUGUCAGCAGCCGGCCACUGAACUCCUGCAGGAUGCCAGAAGCACCUUGCUAAGGUAUGAAGAAAAGGAGGCUUUUAAGAAUCCAGUUUUUCCUCUUUCACUGACGUGGCGCGUUUUGGACUGCUCAGAUUUAAAUCACUUUUUGGAGGGCAUCAAGAGGCAACUCAAAGCAAAUGUGACUCUGGAUCCAGACACGGCCCAUCAGGAGCUCAUCCUGUGUGAGGAUCGUAAAAGCAUAAGGGAUGGAGAAAAAUCUCAAACUCUUCUUGACAAUCCUGAGAGAUUUGAUGUUUAUGGUGCUGUGCUUGGCUGUGAGGGGUUCACAGGAGGCCGCCAUUUCUGGGAAGUCCUUGUGGGAACAAAUGUGACUCUGAAUCCAGACACAGCCAAUCCCUACCUCAUCCUGUCUGUGGAUCGGAAAAGCGUGGUGGAUGGAGGAAAAGCUCAAAUUCUGAACAAAAACCUUGAGAGAUUUGACUAUUAUUGUGCUGUGUUGGGCCAUGAGGGAUUCACAGGAGGUCGCCAUUUCUGGGAUGUCCUUGUGGGAAGUGAGGGAGAAUGGGCUGUGGGGGUGGCCAGAAAGUCUGUGAGGAGGAAGGGAGGGUUAACCUUCAGUCCUGAGGAAGGAAUCUGGAUUGUGGGGAAGUGGGGAGGGCAGUAUAGGGCUGGCAUAAAAGACCACUACCCUUGCCUGACCCUCAAUGGGGAGCCCAAGAGAAUCCGAGUCUAUCUAAAUUAUGAUGGGGGUCGCGUGGCUUUUUUUGACACUGACCGAGGAGACCUCAUCUAUGAGUUCUCUAGAUCCUCCUUCUCUGGAAAGACCCUCCUGCCCUUCUUUUGGGACGAUUCGGGAUCAUGUGAGCCCCCUUCCCACGGAAGCGUCGACCCCAUCACGUGUUUGCCCGGGCAGCGAAUUGCAUCGUCCUUCCGUAGGCGUGUUCCAGUUGCAAGCAAAUCUCCCUGCGGGGGUUUCCCGGGUGUGGGUUGCCCCUUUGCCGCUCCUUCGUUGUCACUUGGAAUAAGCUGCUGGAAAUACAAGAUGGAAGAGGGAUUCUUGCAGCUUGAAGGAACACGGAUGGACCAAGACUGUAAAAAUGGCUUCCGUCAGAGCACUGACUUUCUUGAGAAUCCGCCAACGGUUGAAAAGACAUAUAUAUGUUUGCAUUGUGGGCAGAUGUUCCAAGGGACUUCAGCCUUGAUGGUGCAUGAGAGGACACACAUAGCGGAGAAAAUAUAUAGGUGUGCUCGGUGCGAGAGACCUUUCUCUUGUCGUUUCGACCUCCUGCAACACGAGAAGAACCAUACAGGAGAGAACCCCCAUCGAUGUGCCUCAGAUUGUAACAAAUGCUGCUGUCAGAAGCCGCCCGUGUGCCAGGGAUCCAAUCUGGCAGAGAAGAGCUACGUGUCCUUUGAGGAGGUGGCCGUGUAUUUCACAGAGCAGGAGUGGGCUCUGCUGAACCCUGACCAAAGAGAGCUUUACAUGGAAGUCAUGCGGGAGAAUUUUGGGAAUGUGGCCUCUCUGGAAGGAGAUGAGGGGGAACCAAGUGAAGUGGAUGCUGAAAAAGAUGAGGAGGUGGAAGGAGGCACUGUAAAUCAAGGCGGAACAAAAAGGGAAGGGAAGGAGCACCAGCAAAAGAAAUCAUCUGCAUUUUUAGCCAGCAAACUCCUGGACACUGGAAAGAGCUUUAGUCAGAGUCCACAUCUUCAGACCAGGAAGAAACCAUAUAACUGCUUAGAAUGUGGAAAAAGCUUCACUCGGAAUCACCAUCUUGUUUCCCACCAAAGUAUUCACACUGGGGAGAAACCCUAUAAAUGCUUGCUGUGUGGAAAGAUUCUGAGGCAGAAAACAGACCUUACUUAUCAUCAAAGAAUUCACGCUGGGGAGAAACCAUAUAAAUGUUUGGAGUGUGGAAAGAGCUUCAUUCACUAUAACCACUUAACUUUACACCAAAGUAUUCACACAGGGCAGAAACCGUGUAAAUGCUUGGAAUGUGGAAAGAGCUUCGUUCACCAUAGCCAUCUAACUUUACACCAAAGGAUUCACACAGGAGAAAAACCAUAUAAAUGUUCAGAAUGUGGAAAGAGUUUCAGUCAGAGUGGAAAUCUUACUUCACACCAGAUGAUUCACACAGCAAAGAAACCAUAUAAGUGCUUGGAAUGUGGAAAGAGCUUCAGAUGGCUCUCCAACCAUUCUGUUCACCAAAGGAUUCAUACUGGAGAGAAACCAUAUCAAUGUUUAAAAUGUGGAAAGAGGUUCAAUCAGAGUGGGCACCUUACUUCACAUCAAAUGAUUCACAUAGGAGAGAAACCAAGUUAGUGCUUGGAAUGUGGAAACAGCUUCCAUCAGAGAUCAAACUGUACUGCUCACCAAAGGAUUUUCAUUGAGGAGAAACCAUAGAAAUGUUUCCAGUGUAAAAAGAGCUUCUGCUACAUCAAAAUCCUUCCUUCCCACCAAAUGUUCAUACUGAACAGAAACCUUGCAAACAAAGCUAAGCCCAAUCACAUCUGCCAUCUUUUUUUACAUUCUUAAAUCAGAAAAGCUUUAGAGAUGCUCUGGUUGUAAGAAAGGCUGUGCUUCCUUAGAGACCUGAGGAAGAGCAUAAAUUUAUUUUAUUUUAUUCAAUUUAUACCAUUCCUUCCUCCAGCAAAGCUGGACUCAGGGUGGUUUGCAACAAAAUACAAACAAUCAUCCAGAAGGAAUACAACAUUUCAUCCAUGAUAAUAAAAUUGCUUUGGUUAAUUCAAUUAAAAUUCCAGUGUUUGGUUCCUUCUUGAUAAUUAUGUGGCGCCACUAAUAUUGUGUUAAAUGUGGAUUUCAGGGAAGAUAGGAGUGGGAGGUUGGCUUAUGUACUGACCCUCGCUGUCCUCAC